AUGCUGCCUGUAGGGAAAGUCAUCGAGUGUCUUCCGGUGAUCCCGGGGGACGAGGCGCGCGCCCCGGAGGCCCUGUGCUGGGCGGCGGGCGAGCGGCUCUUCGGCGCCGGGCUGGGCGGUGCGGUGCUGGAGUACGACCUGCAGCGGCUGCGCGUGAAGGGCUCGCUGGAGGCCUUCGGGGGGCCCCUCUGGAGCAUGGCGGCCGACCCCACCGACGCCCGGCUGGCGGUGGGCUGCGAGGACGGCUCCGUCAAGCUCUUCCGAGUGGACUCGGACCGCAUCCAAUUUGAGAGGCAGCUGGACCGGCAGAAAGAGCGCAUCCUCUCUCUAUCCUGGCAUCCCUCGGGGACGAAGAUCGCAGCAGGCUCCAUCGGCUGCUUCUACAUCUUCGACAUUGAAUCUGGGCACACCAGCCAGCGGAUCCUGGUAGAAGGGGGUUUGCAAGGCCCCUCCAGCCAGAAAUGUCUGGUGUGGGGCCUGGCCUUCCUUUCAGAUGGCACGGUGGUCAGCGUGGAUUCUGCUGGGAAAGUGCAGUUCUGGGAUUCGGUGAUGGGCACUCUGCUCUCCAAGCACCCCAUCAGCAAAGCCGCAGUGCUUUCCGUGGCCGUGGCUGAGGCAGAAGAUAGUAUGGUUGUUGGCACCUCGGAGGGGACGGUAUAUCAGUUCCAGUUGCUGCCGGUGAAGCUGGGCAGCUCUGAGCGCCAGUGGGUGCGGACCAGGCCCUUUCGGCAUCACACUCACGACGUGCGGACGGUGGCGCACACUGCCACAGCCUUCAUUUCUGGAGGGCUGGAUGGGCAACUAGUGAUCCGGCCCCUGAUGGAGAAGGUGGACUCCAAGUCCUAUGAUGCUGCCCUCCGCACAAUCAUCUUCCCCCACAGGUGCCUCGUCUCCUGUGCCAGGACGGCCCGGCUCCUCCUCUUCCAGUACCCCCAGCACCUGGAGCUCUGGCGGCUUGGCACCACAAACGUCUUUGGAAGGCCUGGUGAGGUCCUGCCGGUGUCCUGUCCCCCCCAGAACCUGCUCCAGCUGAAGGCCAAGGGCCCGGAGCACAUCUGCAGCAGCUGCCUCUCUCCGUGUGGGGGCUGGAUUGCCUACUCCACAGCUACCAGGUUCUGCCUGCAUCGGGUCCAGCUCGUCCGUGACCACGUUUCCAUCAGCAGAGUUCACAAAGCCCCCAGGCUGAACGGCUCGGCCCACCACCUCCUCUUUUCUGGCGACUCCACCAGGCUUUUCGUGGCAUCGGAUCGGGGCUGCGUGCAAGUGCUUUCGCUCUCGCAAGCAGGGAUCUGCAGGCAUCUGCAGACGCUUCGUCCAAAUACGGAGACGUUGGAAGCGGUGCACCGACUGGCGGUGAGUGUGGAUGGCAGGUGGCUGUGUGCAGCAGGUGGAGACCGGGAAAUCUGCAUCUACAACUUGGAAAAUACCAAGCUUCACUGCACCGUGCCGGCCUACGAGUGCCCAGUGACCGCCAUGGCAAUCCACCCGCUGACCAAUAACCUCAUCAUUGCGCAUUCAGAUCAGCAGGUCUUUGAGUUCAGCAUCAGGGAGAGGGGCUACACGCCCUGGAGCCGGAAGCUGCAGCAGCUGGGCCUGCACAAGGAUUGGCUGGAGCGGGACACGCCCAUCACCCACAUCGCCUUCCGCCCCAGGCACCCCUCCCACGUCUUGCUGCACGACACGUACAUGUUCUGCAUCCUGGACAUGUCGCUGCCGCUGCACGAGGAUUCUGCGGCCUCGAAGAAGCCGGAGCCACAUGUGAAAACAAUCCAACGGGGUCGUGGCCGUGCCUUCAAGAUCUGCAAGAAGUUCCAACCUCUGCUCUUUGUGGAUUUCCUGGACGAGGAUUCUCUGGUGGUGAUGGAGCGGCCGCUGAUGGACAUCAAAGCCCAGCUGCCACCACCCAUCUAUCAGAAGAAGUUUGGGACCUAAAGUGCUGCCCGCAGAGACCUCAAAGGAUCUUUGCAGAGGCCGUGCUUCGUUGGGGGGCUUCCGGUGCCCCUCCCUGCAGAAGCAGGGGGCUGCAUGGCCAGAGGAGCAACUGGGACCCGAGCCAUCGCCCUCCUGCGUCCUUGAGGCCGGCUGUGUCUCCACCGUGGUCGGCUGGGAAAGAGAGGCGGCAGCCCUCGGAAUAAUCUACUUCUUGUGCCUGGGAGCCAGGACUGCCCUGGGCCUCUUCGCUCCGGAGUUCCGGCAUUGGCUGCCACCAGAAGGCUUUCCUCUCAGCCUUCCCGGGGGAAGAACUGCAAAGACCGAGCCCUUCUUCCACGCAGGGCCCGUCUGGGCACAUCCCUCGGCCAGAAAAGGGCCUCCUGGCUGGGCUGACCCAGCAGCCACAUCUUCUCUGGCAAAAGCCUGUGGCCGGCAGCCAAGGGGCCAGCGGGCUUCCUGCUGGGCAAAUGGCCUUCAGGGCUGCUCCGGGACCCCUUGACCUGCUGACGCCAGGCCCGGGCAGGCCCUCCAACCCCACCUCUGUGGACCAGGAGCCCUGGUUUCCUUCCCAUCAAAGCAGAAGAGCAAAGUCAGCAAUGGGGGAGGAGGCGGCCUUGACCUUGCUUUGUUUCGUGCUUCUCCAGGAAGGGUGUGUGUGUGUGUGUGGUGUGUGUGUGCCUGCAUUUGCGGAGGGAGAGAAGGAAAGGGCUGUUGGCUGCUGUUCAUUGGAGCCUGAAGGUCGUGUGUCCAGUGCUGGCCUGAGAAGAUCCAAGCCCCUCCUGCUCUGCUCACCAAUGUUGCCAGCCCCUCCCUCCCCCUCCCAGGCUACUCCCACAACGCACAGGGUGGCUCCCUGCUUGGCUAGGAAAGGCUGCUGUGUCCAAUUCAGCAGAACGAAAGCUCUCCCUCCCUCCCUGGGGCACCAAAUGUUUAGAUUGCUCCUCUUGGCCAGGGACACAAGUUG